UAAUGUUAAAUAAUAUUGGAUAUCUAGCAUAUAUAUCAACAAUGGGGAUAUUGUUGAUAGCAACUCCAUCUUCUUUCAUUAAAAAGGGAGAUUAAGAAUAAGAAUAAUCAUUAAUCAACAUCUAGUUAUUAGGAUUACUCUAAACUGAAUUAGUAAUUAAAUAAUAAUAGUACUUAGGGAUUAAGAAUAUGUGGUUUAUAUCAUUUAAUAUUAUUGGCUGCAUAAAUACUUAAGUAAGAAUAAGUGAAAUUCAUUUGUUUAAAUGUUUAUGCACUAUUUUUAGUAUCAACAAUAGGAAGCCUAUUUUUUGAUGGAGUUGGCUAAAUAUAAUCAGAAAGACUUGAGAGGUAUGAUUUAUAUAUAUAUAUAUAAUUAGAUUUGGAUACUAAGCAGGUAUAUUCAGUUUUAUUGCUUAUUAUAAUUGGCCAUAAUAAUAAUAAGAGAAGAAAGACUCAAAAGUGGAAGAUUAAAAAAGUGAAGUUUAAACAACAUAAAAGGUUGAAUAGACAAAAGAAAAAGAAAAGAGUAAUGAGAAUACAUAGAAAGAUUAAAAAUAAGGAAAAAAGAAAGGUAAAGCAAAGAAUGAAUGAUU